CCGCGCCGCAAGUCCCCUACCCGUGGGCACCACCCGAUCCCCCCAGCCCCGCCACUGGCCCCUCCCCUGCCCCGCCUCCCCCAGGGCGGCUGUCAGCAUCAGCGUCCCACAGAGAGGGCGAAACGUGGGAACGCAGAGAACUAGACCCGGCUUUUGAGGGACCGCCCGAAAAGGGGGUGCACCCCCUCCUUAAGUCCCACCAACCGCGCAGGCCAGCGUCACAGAGCAGGCGUUGGAAACCCGGCGCCGGCGACCCCUCCCACCCUACCUUGAGCUGCGCCCCCUCCUCCGGCGGCCCAGCCUCCUACUUCCGCCCCGCCCACGUGCCCUGGUGGGCGGGUCCAGAGAGGGCCUGCGCUUGGGGAGUCUGUCAAGGCGCUGGUGGGUGAGUUAGUAUCGAAGGGGCCGGAACUGGAGCCAACAUGGCAGCGGGGUUCGUGCGAUGCUGCAGGAGCUCACCGAACAGCAGAAAGAAUUUCAAGCUACUGCUCGUAAAUUUGCCAGAGAGGAAAUAAUCCCAGUUGCUGCAGAAUAUGAUAAAACUGGUGAAUAUCCAGUCCCCCUAAUUAGAAGAGCCUGGGAACUUGGUUUAAUGAAUACACACAUUCCAGAGAAUUGUGGAGGUCUUGGACUUGGAACUUUUGAUGCUUGUUUAAUUACUGAAGAAUUGGCUUAUGGAUGUACAGGGGUUCAGACUGCUAUUGAGGCAAAUUCUUUGGGGGAAAUUCCCGUUAUUAUUGCUGGAAAUGAUCAACAAAAGAAGAAGUAUUUGGGGAGAAUGACUGAGGAGCCAUUGAUGUGUGCUUAUUGUGUAACAGAACCUGGAGCAGGCUCUGAUGUAGCUGGUAUAAAGACCAAAGCAGAAAAGAAAGGAGACGAGUAUAUUAUUAAUGGUCAGAAGAUGUGGAUAACCAACGGAGGAAAAGCUAAUUGGUAUUUUUUACUGGCACGUUCUGAUCCGGAUCCUAAAGCUCCUGCUAAUAAAGCCUUUACUGGAUUCAUUGUGGAAGCAGAUACCCCAGGAGUGCAGAUUGGGAGAAAGGAAUUGAACAUGGGCCAGCGAUGUUCCGAUACUAGAGGAAUUGUCUUUGAAGAUGUGAGAGUGCCUAAGGAAAAUGUUUUAAUUGGUGAGGGAGCUGGUUUCAAAAUUGCAAUGGGAGCUUUUGAUAGAACCAGACCUGCAGUAGCUGCUGGUGCUGUUGGAUUAGCACAAAGAGCUUUGGAUGAAGCUACCAAGUAUGCCCUGGAAAGGAAAACUUUUGGAAAGCUACUGGCAGAGCACCAAGCAGUAUCAUUUAUGCUGGCUGAAAUGGUAAUGAAAGUUGAACUAGCCAGAAUGAGUUACCAAAGAGCAGCUUGGGAGGUUGAUUCUGGUCGUCGAAAUACCUAUUAUGCUUCUAUUGCAAAGGCAUUUGCUGGAGAUAUUGCAAAUCAGUUAGCUACUGAUGCUGUGCAGAUAUUUGGAGGCAAUGGAUUUAAUACAGAAUAUCCUGUAGAAAAACUAAUGAGGGAUGCCAAGAUCUACCAGAUUUAUGAAGGUACUGCACAAAUUCAAAGAGUUAUUGUAGCCCGUGAACACAUUGGCAAGUAUAAAAAUUAAAGAAAUUACUAUAGAAACAUCAUUAAACAUUGAGUAACUAGAACAUAAUCUACUGCUACAGCUCCAGUAGAGAAAGGGCUUUAACACUUUUUCCAGUGAAAAAAAAAAUAAGUCCUCUUAUAUUAAAUCUAAGCAACUGAUUAUAACAGUAGUUUAUACUUUUAACUCUAUGAUGUCUCUUAAGCAGGUUUGUUUUUUAUUAAAAUUAUGUGUUUUCUUUAGUACCACUUUACUUGAAUUACAUUAACCUAGAAAAGCACAUAUGUUUUGUUAUUUGAUCUCUUAAGAUUAAUGUAGCAGAAAUUUCUUGGAAUUUUAUUUUUUUAAUGACAGAAAAGUGGGCUUAGAAAGUAUUCAAGAUGUUACAAAAUUUACGUUGAGAAAAUAUUGUAGGGUUUGAAUACUAUCAAAUAACUUGCCAUUUACUUUGUAGACUUAAUGUAUUAUUUUAUUAAAGUUCAUUUUGCUGCAGUUUUAAAAGUGUUUGCUUUCAGUCUGGGACAGAAACAGUCAAAAUUUUGACAUUCAUAUUCUCCUAUUUUAUAAAAUUUUCAAGAACUUUCUUGAAAAUCUUGUUUAAUUCUGAGCCCAUAUUUCACUUGCCUUAUUUAAAAUAAAUCAAUAAAGCUUUCCUUAAACUAUUUUUAUAUGACUGUUGGUCUGUAGUUAGCCUUUGUAUUGUGCGCAAUCUCAUUUCAUGUGGAUGCAUUUUGGCAAAGAACUUAAUAAAAUUGUUCAGUGCUUGUUAUCAUA